CUCACUCUCCCACCAUCUAUAAAUAUCAACAUCUUUCGUCACUUUCAAAAGAACAAGAAACCAUUUGAUCCAUAGCUCAUCAAAGCAUUAAUUGAUAACUGAAAAUUGUUGUUGAGUGCUCGACUGCUAGUUGCCAAUGGUGAAGACUGAUCUGCAGAAGAUUCAAGUUCAACCACAACCAUCAAAGCAAAUGAAGGCAUCAACAUCACCCACACCACCACCACCAUCCUCAUCAGCAUGCAAAAAGAAGAAAUAUAAGGGUGUAAGAAUGAGGAGCUGGGGUUCUUGGGUGUCAGAGAUUAGGGCUCCAAAUCAAAAAACAAGAAUCUGGUUAGGGUCUUAUUCUACACCAGAAGCUGCUGCAAGAGCCUAUGAUGCUGCACUUCUUUGCCUCAAAGGUUCCUCAGCUAAUCUCAACUUCCCAAUCACAUCCUCACAUUACAUCCCUGACCCUGACACCCUUUUGUCUCCCAAGUCAAUACAAAGAGUGGCUGCUGCAGCUGCUAAUAGUUUUGUCGUCGGUCAUGGCGUCUCCAGUGCCGCCACCCCACCGAUAUCCCCACCACCUCCCUCCACAUCCUCCUCUUCACCAGCUUCUUCCCCAUCAAUGUCCUCCUCACCAUCUGAUCAUCAAGUAGUUGAUGUUGAUGAUGAUGCUUAUGUGUCACUCAUACAAUCUCUUGCUGCAAACGACGAGCCUAUUUCUCUGAUGGAACCAUGGUACUCCUCCUUUGACAGCUGCCUGCAAUAUUCUCCCAAGCAUAUUGAUCAGAUGUUCAAUGUAUCCUCACUUAAUCCACCCUCAAUGAUCCAUGAUUUCUAUGAUGAAGGUGAUGAUAUCCGCCUAUGGAGUUUUUGCUAAGGCAAAAAAGAAAAAGUCCAGCAUUAAACCAUUCUUUUAUUCAUUCCUAUUCAUUGAUAUUGAUCUUCACUUGUUGCUUGAAGAUGUUACUGACAGUGACCAAACAAUUCAUAUUUUAGUGUAAUUUGAGUUAAGGAGAAUGAAUCCACAUGGAACUGAAACCAUUGUUUUUUGGAACUCUAAUGUGGAGCCUUCUACAUAUUCAAUGUAUCAAAUUAUGAAUAUUGUCAUAUUUAAGAGAAAAAAAAAUCAUCUUUUUUUUUUUCAUUUU